AUGUCGCUGAGGAAACGAAUACUUCGCCGUAAGAGACUUCGCCGUUAAAAGUUUUUUCCUCGAGACAGAACAGUUUGCCCCAGGGCAUAUUUCGAAGAAACUUACGAUUGGAGGGCUUUGAGUGACAUGGAAAUUGCGACCGCCUCGUUUUUCAUUCGUUUCACUUUUCUUGUAUUUCUACUGCUUUUAGUGCAGUUUAGGCUCUCACUGUCGUGCAGCGGCUCCACAAAUGCGCUGGACAAAAGAGGCCCGAGAAAAGCUUUAAUGCUGGAACAGAACGUGCCAGAUACUCCAGAAGACAGUCAGCAAGCAAGUGGACCAUCAAAAGGAAAGAUAACAAGAAACUCUCCUGAGUUUGAUAAACUUAAACCCUGCUACAACAACGCCAUAAUAUUCAAAGACGAAGAAGGAACCGGGGCAGAUCGCUUGAUGUCGAAGGUAGCACAUCUUUCGUUUGUUUACAUUUUCUAUCUCGCGUAAAAUCUCUUGAAUGCACAGCAUGUCGCUUCUUGUGAGGUUUAUGUAGUCUAGAUAGUUCGUGCGCGAUUUUCAUUCAUUCAUAAAUUUACGACAAACAUCGUCGAAACCAUCGCGCGAACAUAAACGGACCUUGUAAAUUUUUUUCCAUUAGAGAUGCCAAGACAAAUUGAACACGUUGGCGGAUCUUGUAAGACGACAAUGGCCCACAGUAAAGCUCGUCGUUACAGAAGCAUGGGAUGAACAGGGACAGCAUUCGGAAAAUUCGCUGCAUUACGAAGGAAGAGCAGUCGACCUACGUUUGUCCGACAAGGACAGGACUAAAAUCGGUUAUCUAGGGCGACUAGCUGUUGACGCUGGGUUUGACUGGGUUUACUACCAGAAAAGGACUCACAUUCACGCUUCAGUCCGCGAAGGUAAAUACUGUUAAUCUAAUUCAAAAGAGCUUAAGUUAAUGAUUUUGGGAUGCCAACAUUUCGAAAACGCGCGAAAACGCUGCAUUAUUUGUACAAAUCCGCACCGAUGAGACUUUCUGAAUUUUAGAUUUUACCGCGCCAAACCUGUUAUUGAGCUUUGCUCAAGUCCAUGCAGCUGAUGUUUUGGUUAGCAUGGGUAAUAGUUUUUGCACCGCCCCUGAGUUAACACGCAAAUCCAAUUUUAGAAGUACAAAGGAAAUUUCCUGAGUUUUUUCCGGCCAUCGACGACAGAUUUUUUUAUAUUUGGCCCCUUCCUGCGAAAACCCACCUUUCACCAAAACGAACUUGCAUCCUCGUGUUGCUUUACAAAAAUUAUGGAAGUGAUUUAUUGGUCGAUUAAUAAGCGGCCCCAACGGUUUGAAGGAAGUAAAAUGGUAUCCUCAUCGUUGUUUUGCAGAUGGCUACAAAGAAGAAGCUUGGGGAGGAUGUUUCAGCUCUGACUCAGUCGUUAAACUGGAAAAUGGCGCUGAUUUGCGGGUCCGAAAUCUGCAAAUAGGUGACAUUGUACAGGUUAUGACAGAGGAAGGAAAAUUGGGUUACAGUGAAAUUGUAAUGUUCGCAGAUUUUAAACCCGACAUACCUCGUGCUUCGCACGUUUUAAUCGAGACCGAAAAUCCCGCCAAACGAAUUACACUUACACCCUCGCACCUUAUUUUCACCACGAGCAAUUCCUCAGAGAGUCGGCUAAAAUCAAAACAAGCCGGAAAAGUGUUACCUGGCGAGUUUCUGCAAGUUUCAUCACAAGGCAAGCUUGUCCCAUCGUUGGUGAGAAGAGUGUCUGUUGUCAAACGAACUGGCAUGGUCGCACCAGUAACCAUGCAAGGUAAUGUCAUUGUGGAUGGUGUUCUGUGUUCAUGCUAUGCCAUGAUAGCCGAUCACGAUAUUGCGCACAUGGUUUUCAGUCCUCUGAGACUUGUACAUAGUUUUGCGUCGAAUCUCUGGAGAAUGGACAUGUCAAUUCAACAAGGAAUGCAUUGGUAUCCAGGACUGCUGAUGAAAAUAAAUGCUUUAUUGGGCAUUUAUGAGCUCUCGUGAAUGCAAUACGCUGGAUGUCGAAUUAAAAUUACAAAAGAGGAGAGAGAGAAUUUUUUCUCUUUCCUCAAUCGUGGCUGCCCUGCUACAACCUUUUUGACUUUCGCAUAACUGUUCUUUGCAAAAAAAGUAUGCGUUUAAAGAAUUUUACUUGAUUGCCACUUCUAUCGGAAUUAAUAUUGAUGAAAGGCAUGACUGUGUGAUUGACUGACCAGGUUGUGCAGUUAGUAUUUAUUCAUAGGUUGUCUUUACAGGACACAGAUUUGCAUUAUAUAUAUUUUUUGCAAUAUUUAGGAUAAAAACAAUGUUUGCUAUCAUAAAUCUAGUGCUUGUUCACGUUUAGCGAGAUAGCAAACUUUGUUCUCCAAUAUUUUUUUUUAUGAUAACCAAUGAGCUUUUUCAGCGCUAAUAGUGUAGUUUAGCGCAAAAACGUAGGGCAACUCCGGAGAUAAAUUAAAUUAAAUUACCUAUUUAUGUCUCUAUAUUGUACAUUGUAGUUUUGUAUGACAUUGUAUAAACGGCAGGUAUCCGUGUACAUUCAGAACUUUUGGCUAAAGAAUGAACUAAAAAUAUUAAAAAAAUUAUCAUACAAAUUAUUGCGUAUUAGAGCAGAAAUGUGAUUUGUUUUACGAUGAAACGAGCUAUGUAAUGCGAAGUGAAAAUUUCUUUGUACCUAAUGUAAUGCACUUUUGUAUAGUUGUAACAAACUGCAGUUGGAAGACUAUAAAGUCAACUAUAAAAACUGAUGUAAAAAAAAGUCUAGAAGUAAGUAAGUUAACCUAUAAGUUUAACCAAGAAACACAUUUAAAGAGGGUUAUAUAUCUAGACGAGGUAAUCAUAGUCUGAAUACAUCUUAGUGUGUCAAGAGGAUUCUGGUAAUUCUCUUAACAUGUCUUAAAGUGUUAAGCUUUAUCAUUUAUAGCCUUUUAAUGGCAUUAGUGUACUUUGUGAAAAAUGACCCGCAUAUAGCAAAAUCCACUUUAAAAGAGAUUUUAUUUGAAGGCAAGGUUUUCCUACUUGCCCUUAAGCUCAGAUUGACGCAUCUGUGGGACAUUUCCUUGUGUACGAAGGAAUCUUACCUCGUUUUGUAGGUCAAAUUCUUUUGAAGCUCAGUUCACGAAAGUUUGUUUUAUCAGUCGCCUGGUAAAGGCCUUCUUAAGUCUCUCUUGAUACAAACAAAUGUAUUGGUGACUUUCAAAACAGAUUUUCAGCUUUGAGUUGUGAAAAGAGUGUUACUUAGAAAAAACUUGAAGUGCAAAACUUUAAGCAUGAUUUCGGAGCAAUAUUAAAGUAUGUUCCAACGUAAAUAUUUAUUGUGGUUUGUAUCCCUGUUUCUCCUAACUCUUCCGUUUUUUGUCACUAAUUGGCAUGUUCUUUGGCUCGAAACCGAUCUGUCGUAAAUUUGGAAAUUAAGAAACGAA